CCAAUAAAAGGGCAGGGCUGCUGCAUUCGCUGCUCAUUGACCACAAAAAGUUCCCACUCUUCUUGAUCUUCUCUGUCUCUGAGCAAGCAAAAUGAAGGGCUCUUUCUUUCUCGCUUUUAUAAUUUAUUUUUCUUUAGUCUACAGGGCAGAAAGUGGCAGGGAAGUCCUGUGUGGAGCUUGUAAGGCAAUCAUAGAUGAAUUGGACUAUGCCAUAAAACACACUGAUCAAAAGAAGACCAUAGAUAUUGGCGGGAGGGAAACCAGGGCUGUAAAAUAUGCUGGCAGUGAGACCCAUCUGAUCGAACUGAUGGAAAACAUAUGUGACGAGAUGAAUAAUUAUGCUCUAUCAGAGGAUGGUGGGGGUAGAAAGAGCUAUGUGAGGUUUAAUUCAAGGGCAGGAGAGAGUGUCACACUUAACAAUGUCAAGAUUGACUCAAGUACAAUGAAAGAGCUCAAAGAUGCAUGCUCUACAGUGAUAUCUGCUUACGACGAUGACAUCUUGGACUUGUAUAUUUCAAAAACUCGUGACAAAAAGAAGCAGCUCUGUUCCUCCCUCUCUGGUUACUGCACAGGUAGCAGGUCAGAGUUGUAAGGACCAAAAACUUUAAAAUUUUUUUAGUUUAGAAUUUUUUCUAAUUUUUUUUGAAUCAAUUAUUUCCAUAAAACAAUGUUUUGAGCAUGUA